AUCGCCUAUCCACAUUCAUUCAUUUUUUGUGAAUACAGAGUAACAAUUCUAAAUAUUUGUACAAGUUUGACAGUUCUUUAUUCAUUAUUAAAAGUAGUUGUCUGCAAAUCAAUCUCAAAUCAUAUGGCAAACAAAUUUAGUUUUUAAUGUCAUAGGAACUUUUUAGACAACUAGCUCAAGAAAAAUGGAUUGUAUUUCAUUUGCUGUGGAUUUGUGGAAUGCUCAAACUCCGGCGAAACAAACAUUUUACUUCAAAGAUGAACUGGUGUACACCGAAGACCAUGUAUUAGUGAAGAACCUGUUUUUCUUUAAUAUUUCAAAUUUGGUGACAUCGCGUCAGCUGCGUAAGUAUUUCGCCAAAUUCGGAAAUGUUGCUCGCCUGCAAAUACUGGAAGCAAAGGGAACUGCCAGUAAGCCAAGAAGUGGAUAUGUUUGUUUUCACAAUCCUCGUCAUGCGGCCAAAGCAUUGCAGCGCAAAGUGCACUAUGUCAAUGGAUGCCGUCUGAGCGUGAGACCCAGCGAUAGUUGGCAUCAACCCGAUGCGCAGGACUUAACGCGUUAUCCAGCAAAUAUGCAGCCACCAAAAAGAAACGAUUCCAAGGCAGAAACUAUACCCAUAAUGCGUCUAAAUGAUGACUGUUUGGAGCAUAUAGUACGUAUGUUAGCGCUAGCCGAUCGCAUACACUUUGCUCGCAGCUGCAUUCGCUUUCGCAACGUUUAUCAGAAUGUGUCGCCAACGCUGGAAAAAUUUGUGAAUUUUCAUACUUUCGAGUCAAUGACUGUGUGGGAUGUACGAGACUUCUUCAAGCUUUCCGGCAGGCAUGUUCAGCAUAUUGAGGGUAUUAUGCCAGAACGUCACUGCAAACAUGUGUGCGAAUUUCUGGGAAAGUACUGCAUUAAUCUGCAAUCGAUGCGAGUCAUGGCAAACAAACUGACAUCGACAUCCAUGUCCAAAAUGUUUGCCAAACUGAAGAGUCUCGAAAGUGUCGAGUUACGUGGUUGCGCUCUAAGCAAUGAUGGGCUACUGGCUAUGGGUCAUCUAAAGAAACUGAAGAAAAUCGAUUUGGCACACAAUGAUAGGCUGACUGGUGAGAAUAUGGAUCGAUUUCCACGUUGCGUCGAAACUUUGAUCCUAACGAACUGUUCUGGCAUCUUAGCCGAGAAGUUAGCUGUGGCUUGCAAGGCAUUGACACAGCUUAAGGAACUGCAUCUGAAGAGUGUACAAAGAUGUUUUAGAGAACUGGUCGUUGAAAAGUGCUGUGAAUCUCUCGAAGUGUUGGCCACGAACUGUGGAAGUCGCGAAUAUGCUGAAUACCAAUACGUUGGACAAUUACCGAGCCUGAAGAAACUUAUACUACAUUCCUAUCCAACUGAUACGCUACCCACCAGAUUAAUUACUGGACUGGCGGAGCACAAAUCCAUGCAAUUGGAGUACUUUGAAUCCCGCGGCUCCAACUGUAUCAAUGCUCCCAUGCUCUUGGAUAUUGGCAAGUUGGGCGCGUUGCGUACGCUUUAUUUGCCCAACAACAAUGAAAUUACCGAUCAAAGUCUAGAAUCAUUAUACUCUCUUCAAAAUUUAGAGGAGAUCAAUCUAAAAUAUAGUAUCAAUAUAACUGAUAACGGCAUACUUCGACUUAUACUUGCAUGCGCAAAGCUGCAUGUGUUGCAUCUUAAUGAUUGUGUCCAAAUCACGGACCAACUACUAAAAGAUAUUAUUUUGAAAUUAAAACUCGCACAAAACACGCCACGAACAUUUCCCAUUAAGCUAACUGUGACUGGGACUAGUGUCAAUUAUCAGACGUUGCAUCAUCCGGAGGUGGCUGCCAAGAAAAUUAUCGAUGUAACUCUCACACUGCCAUCCGCGGGCACUUGUAGUUUCAACAUGCACGAUUUAUUCAACAUUGAUCCUGAUGACUAUGACUUUGAUUCCGACAAUUCGUUCGACACGGAGUUCGAGGACGAAGAUGACUUUCUCAGUGACGAUAGUGAUCCGCACUUUGAUUUUUUUUGAAGAAUCAUUGAUACAUAUCUAAAUGUCUAAUCUAAUCGAUAAUCUGAUACCAAAACCAUAUUGUGAAUGUAUUAUGAAUAUAUAAUAUUUAAAUAAAUAUUCAAUAUUU